CUCCACGCCAAACAAUUUUAAAAAAUGGCGGUAAAUAUAUGCACAGUGCUGCUACUAUUUGCAGCGGCGAGUAGCGGAACUGCGACGAGUUUAAUUAGAACGGCAAGACAGGCAGGCCCUGGAAGCAUAUUUACAGUUGGAAAUGGAGAACAGUGUCUAGGUUCAGAUAGAUCUACAGGGGGUGUGUGUUUAUCGAGAAACCAAUGUAAUACUCAAGGCGGGAAAGCUAUUGGUUUUUGCGGUGUUUUCGCUACGUGUUGUUCAUUAAACGCCUGCGAUAUCAGAACAAAUACAAAAGUCGCGGUUUUCAUCAAUCCUCCAUUGAAUAGAGAAUCGUCUGGUUUGGAGUGUUCCUACAACGUUGAAAUAAAUAACAACAAUGUUUGUCAAAUUCGUAUUGACUUUGAAACGUUCAAUUUAGCACCACCAACUACAGUUGAAACUGUUGAAAAUGUGACCCACCGACCGGGCUACACUUGCAGAAACGAUAUCUUCCAAGUAACGAAUCUUCACGCAAAUUCGGAUAUCCUCCCUCCACUCUGUGGUGAUAAUAAUGGACAACAUAUGUACGUAAGAGUUAACGCAUCUACCAACAGUCGCUCUAUCCGUCUUAACUUCAAGAUCGCAGACCGCAGCACACAGCCCAACCUGCCGCAAGCUACUUGGAAGAUAAAAGUCACACAAUUGGAGUGUUUUAAUACUUUAGGAAAAUACCGCGAUGGAUUCUUCGAAGCAAUCACGUCGUCGCUCCCUUCAACACCACUGACAUCUUCAGCAGAUAGAGAUGAAUAUCUUAUUGCACCCCCAGGCUGUCUGCAAUACUACCCUGAUCGCACGGGUUUCUUCGAAUCGUUUAAUUAUAAUCGAGGAGCUGGCCCGUAUAUAGCAAAUUUGGCUUAUGCUACUUGCUUCAAAAGAACUUCUGAUGUUUGUGGUAUCAAACUAACAGCAGCAAGCUUCGAAAUGGCGUACCGUACAGAGGACAACAUGUACUUAGACACAGACUGUCAAAUGAACCCAGUGACACAAGGGUCGAGCCAGUCGGAGGAUUAUCUGUUCAUACCUGAAGCUGAGACCGCUGAUGGUCUGAGAGGGUCCAAGUAUUGUGGGGUCAGCGCGUCUAAUCAGAUUAUUGCUUCAACCCCACCCGGCCCCCUGUACGUACAUUUUCACAGCGACAAUUUAGUCACCAAUGAUGUACCAGAAUCAGGCUAUAGAUUUAAUUACAAUGUACUGAACAAUUGCUACCUUAGAACUAACACUUUUCCCUAAUAGAUGGCGCUGAUAUUGUAUAACAAGUUUAAAAAAACGGUCAAUAGAUGGCGCUGUAAUAAAAAAAGAUGAAUUUUUUAAGUAAAUACUCCGCCGCUAGAUGGCGUGCGUAUUAAUUUAUAUUUUUAUUGCUUUUUAGCGAUCAUUUUUAUUGCGUUUUUAGUUAAUUUUGCUCAAAAUGUCAAUGUGCCAGUAUUGCCAUAACUUUUUUUUUAUGAUUUUGUAAUAAUAUAACCCGUUUCAAUAAAUAUUAAAGAUGUUAUCAUGCCGUCUCUUUUACACAUAUGCGGUCGAUCUAUCUCAUAUAAGCUUAGCUUAAAAGCCAUUUAUAUUGACACGGGUUAUAUUAAGUAAUGACUGAUCCCAGGUGUGCAUUUAUAAUUUUAAGGGUUUUGCAUUUUUUAUAUAAAUUAUAAGAAAUAAAUG